AUGACCACCUCAGGCAGGACCGUUCUGGUCCUGUACGGCUCCGAAACUGGCAAUGCGCAGGACAUGGCCGAAGAACUGGGCAAAAUCUGUCAAAGGCUACACUUUGCCAGUCGAGUGGAGGAGCUGGACAAUGUAGAUUUGAGCGAGCUUCUCCAGCAUCUGUUUGUGCUGUUUGUCGUUUCGACAACCGGACAAGGAGACAUGCCUCACAACUCUCUCUUAUUCUGGAAGAAACUCCUCCGCAAGAAGCUACCGCCAGGCUGCCUCGCCGAAAUGAAGUAUUCAUGUGUCGGCCUUGGAGACAGCACAUAUCUCAAAUUCAACUGGGCAGCCAGGAAACUCAUCCGACGGCUUGAUCAACUAGGAGCGUCCACAUUCAUUGAGCCUUGCGAAGCAGACGAGCAAUUCCCAGAAGGUAUCGAUGGGAGUUUUGUCCGUUGGGCAGAUGACCUCCGCAAGCAUCUGCUAGAACACCAUCCCGAUCCGAAAGGACGAGAUCCCAUCCCCGAAGAUGAGAUGCUCCCUCCAAAAUGGUCACUCGCACCCGCCAUAAACCAAGCCAAACCCGCAACAUCUCACACCAACGGCGACACCAAGACCCAAUCAUCGCCACCACUAACUCAACUCCAUAUCCCCAAGGGUCUACACGCCACGCUCAUCGAAAACAAAAGACUCACCCCCGAGAAACACUGGCAAGACGUCCGCCUCGUGUCCUUCGACAUCCCAAACGCAGAUAAACCCCUGCAAGUCAACCCAGGCGACUGUCUAACCAUCUACCCGAAAAACUUCCCCUCCGACGUCCAAAGAGUCAUCACCCUCAUGGAAUGGGAUGCCAUCGCCGACCAACCGCUCGACCUAUCGCUCUGCUCCCUCCCUCCCACUCUCUACACGACACCUCACUCCACCAUCCGCGACAUCCUCCUCCACAGCAUCGACAUCAACGCCGUGCCGCGGCGCUCAUUCCUCAAAAACCUCUCCUACUUCUCCUCCGACCAGGACCACAAGGAACGGCUCCUCGAAUUCACAAUGACAGAAUACCUAGACGAAUACUUCGACUACGCGACCCGCUCGCGCCGCACAAUCAUCGAAGUCCUCGAGGAAUUCCACUCCGUCCGCGUACCCCCCUCCCGCAUCCUAGACGUAUUCCCCCUCAUCCGCGGCCGCGACUUCAGCAUCGCCAACGGCGGCCACACCCUCCACCCCUCCCCAUCAACCACAAGAAUACAGCUCCUCAUCGCGCUCGUCAAGUACCGCACCAUCCUGCGCAAGCCCCGAGAGGGCCUCUGCUCCCGCUACAUCACACACCUCCCUCCCCGGACAACCCUCACCGUCACCCUCAAACCCGUCCUGUCCCCCAUCCACGGCGCCCUCAACGCCAAACGACCACUCGUAGCCAUGGCCACCGGCACGGGUGUAGCGCCCGUCCGGUCCCUCAUCCACGAGAGAAUGACGCACGACUCCCCCGCGCCCAUGAUCUUGUUCUUCGGCAACCGCAACAAGGAUGCGGAUAACUUCUUUGCCCGGGAGUGGGCGGACAUCGCUGCCAAGGCGAACCUUACCGUCUUUACGGCCUUUUCAAGAGACCAGCGUGAAAAGAUCUAUGUUCAGGAUUUGAUACGCAAGGAGGCAAGGUUGCUGGAGGGGUUGAUUCCGCAGAACGCAAUUUUUGCUGUGUGCGGCGGGUCGUCCAAGAUGGCUGAUGCGUGCAAGUAUGCCGUCUUUGAUCCGUAUGUCGAGGGGGGAGACGCCGAGGAGAGGAAGAAGGUGUUGGAGAGUAUUACCUGGUGGCAGGAGAUUUGGUAA